ACUCCUUCGUCUUCUAAGUUCUAGGGUUGUACGAGGAGGGUACAGAACUAAACUUAACCGUAGCAAAGAACUACUACACUUCUGUGGUGAAAAUGGAGAAUCAGGAGCCUGAAAUCAAGAAAUUUCCUGAAGAAGAGGCUCCUGAUCGAGAACCAGACCAGAAGAAGCUCAAAGUUUCAACAAUCGGCCAUGAAACGGAUUCGCCGGUUCCCGCCGCCGGCGGAAGCAACGUCGCCGAGCACAGAAAGCCCAAAUACAGGCGGCGGAAAGUUGCAAUCGUGUUUGCGUUUUGCGGAGUAGGGUAUCAGGGAAUGCAAAAGAACCCCGGAGCCAAAACCAUUGAAGGCGAGCUCGAAGAGGCUUUGUUCCAUGCCGGAGCCGUACCUGAGGCUGAUCGAAACAAGCCAAGAAGUUACGAGUGGGCAAGAUCCGCUCGAACCGAUAAGGGCGUGAGUGCAGUGGGCCAGGUGGUUUCUGGUCGUUUCUAUGUUGAUCCGCCUGGAUUUGUGGAGCGGCUCAAUUCGAACCUACCUGAUCAGAUUCGUGUGUUUGGGUACAAGCGUGUGGCUCCGUCGUUUAGCUCCAAAAAAUUCUGUGAUCGGAGGAGGUACGUGUAUCUAAUCCCAGUUUUUGCUUUGGAUCCAUGCGUACAUAGCGAAGCUGAGAUGGUUAGAACGGAUUUAGGAUACGAAUAUGUCAAAUGUGUGGAGUGCUCUGAGAAAGGUUAUAAGAUCCCAGUUGGUGUUAUGGGCAAAGACACUGAUUGUGAUUCAAAAUCAUUGGAGGUUCAGUCAGACAUUUCGUCGAGCAACUGUGAUGCAUUAGGAACUGAUGUCAAGUGUGAAGCUUUGAGCUCUAGUGUACUUAAUGGAGAAGAUAAAUUAAACUCCGAAGUUCUUCUAGAUGGGGCUGAUGUAUCUGCUCGUGUUAUGACAGAGGAAAUCCCUGAUUCAAGCUCUAAAGCAGAUGAUAUGGAAGAAUCGGAUACUUUGGCUAAGGGAGAGAUGAACAAUGGGGAAGGAAGAGUGAUGACAGAGAGCAAUUUCUGUUAUGGAGAGAAGGAAAAGGAGAGGUUUAAUAGAAUACUAAGCUAUUAUGUUGGUUCACAUAACUUCCACAACUUCACCACCAGAAUAAAAGCAGCAGACCCAGCUGCGAAUCGCUACAUUCUCUCUUUCAACGCAAACACUGUGAUUAACCUCGAUGGAAAAGAUUUUGUCACGUGUGAAGUUGUUGGACAGAGCUUCAUGCUUCAUCAAAUCCGGAAAAUGAUUGGACUUGCUGUUGCAGUCAUGAGGAACUAUGCACCUGAAUCACUGAUCGAAACUGCCUUCAAGAAGGAUGUGAGAAUAAAUGUACCGAUGGCGCCAGAAGUUGGAUUAUACCUUGAUGAAUGCUUCUUCACGUCUUACAACAAAAGGUUUAAAGGCAGUCAUGAAGAGGUGUCGAUGGAAGAGUACAAGGAAGUAGCUGAAGAGUUCAAAUGGAAACAUGUUUACUCACAUAUUGGCUCAGCUGAAGAAAAAGAUGGAGCUGUGGCUAUUUGGUUACAUUCGCUGAACCAGAGAAACUAUCCUGAUCUACGAAGCAAUGAAUACAAGCCGGAUGAAGUCAUUGUCUAUAAGAAGAUUGGUGAAGCCUCUCAACAGAAGAUCCAUGAAGAGAAAAUGAUAGUGAAAGAGAACAGUAAUGGCAUUGUCGAUAAGGUAAAUGAUGGAACCUCUGAAGGAAAGAUUAUGGAAGAGAGGAUUACACUAGAAGAGAACACGACCGGGUGAAGCCGCUUUUGUCUGCGCAUCCACCGCAGGUCGGAACCGGACCAGUGACAGACGAGUGACCUGAUAUGCCUCAUUUGAAAAGAGAGAUUUAUGACAUUGUUUUCGUGUCCCCCUUUGAGUUAUGUCUAUGUUGGAAAUUCAAGUCAUGUGUUAACCGUUAUGACAUUUUGAUCUUAUUAUGAUGAUCUCAUCGAAUAAAAAUGCUAUGCCAAUUUUAAUUUU